AGGAACCCCUGGUGCUGCUGCUGCUGCUGCUGCUGCUGCUGCCAUUAUUGAUAUUCGAAUGUCUGCCGUUGGCGCCUUUUCUUUUUAUUUUUCUUGAGAUUUACUGUCUUCGACCAUCAACGUGAGAACUAUUAAGCCAUCGAGAUGUCGUCGACGUUGAGCUUCGCUGGAGAGAACAACAAGUGGACCACAGCUGAUGAUGUCAGAAAUGCAGCCGAAGCCAUUCGGAACACAGAGAUUCUACAGUGCUUACAGUUGGAAGCCAACACUCUUGGUGUGGAGGCAGCAGAGGUGAUGGGUGAAGCUCUAGCUGCUCACCCUGAGUUUGAACGUGCUCACUGGAAGGAUCUCUUCACUGGCAGGCUGAAAACGGAGAUUCCAGAUGCACUACGCCACCUCUUUUCCGGUUUAAUGCGUGCAGGGGCAAAGUUAAAGGAAUUGGACUUGAGUGAUAAUGCCUUGGGGCCAAUUGGUGUGGAAGGAAUGGUGGAAUUUAUGAGUUCUCCAGUAUGUUACUCUUUAGAGGAACUUCGUCUAAACAAUAAUGGGCUCGGUAUAAAGGGAGGCACUAUGUUGGCUGAAUCAUUAAUGAAACUAGUGGCCAAUGCCAACUCAGCUGGUACGCCCCUCAAACUUAAGGUAUUCAUUUCAGGACGCAACAGGUUAGAAAAGGAGGGUGCAAAAGAAUUUGCAGAAUUUUUUAAAGCAGUGGGCACCCUAGAGGAAGUAGCAAUGCCCCAGAAUGGGAUUUUCCAUGAAGGUAUUGCAGCCUUGGCUGAAGCUUUCAGUAUGAACCCAAAUCUAAGAAUUAUUAACCUAAAUGAUAACACGUUUACCCCCAAGGGAGCUCGGGCUAUGGCAGAGAAGUUACCUUCCAUGCAAAACCUUGAAAUAAUAAAUUUUGGAGACUGUCUUAUCAAAACUACUGGUGCAAAAUUCAUCGGUAGUGCAUUGUUGUCCGAUCACCAAAAAUUAAGGGAACUAUACUUGGACAGCAAUGAAAUUGGAAUUGAAGGUGGCCUUGCCAUUGCUGAUGCUAUGAUCAACAAAAAGAAUCUUAAAACUCUUAAUUUGGAUGGUAACCAGUUUGGUGAAGAAGGUCGAGAGAAUCUUGUUUAUAUACUGCAAGAGAUAGGCUGUUUAGAUGCCCUUGCUACUUUGGAAAAUGAUGAAUCUCCUGAUAGUGAUGAAGAUGAUGAUGACAGUGAGGAAUCAGGAGAUGACGAAGAGGAAGAGGAGGAGGAGGAGGAGGAUGAUGAAGAAGAUGAAAGUGAUGAAGAAGAGGAUGAAGAAGUACAUGAGGUGGUGGAAUCUGGAGUUAGCCCGCUUAAAAGAACAGAAAUGGCAGUGCAGCCUGUAAAAUGCACAGCAGCUGAGUUUUAUGAGCAGCCAACAGUGGGAAGACUGCUAGGUCUAGGAAAUUCUGGUCCCUCCCAGCUAGUAGAAGAAGCUAGGAGAAUGGGAGGGAGAUCUGAUGAAGAGUUCAUUUUCAACUGUUUUGGCAUGUUUAUGCGAACUGCAUCAAUAGCAAUUGCAAGUAAUAAUGAGAUUCAGGAAGCUGUGAAGAAUGCGACAGAACAUAUCGCCAAAGCUGUAUUUGCUGCAGCCCAGAAUGGAGAUUUAUCUUCUGUUGUUACAAAUAAUCUUCUUGUACAUCUAGGUCUUAUUAAAUGUGAGGAUAAAAAAUUUAUUUUGGAUUGGGACUUGCAUGGAUGUCUUAAGAUGUUAACGUGUCUUGUGACCCAGCCCCUCUUCCCAUCUCAGACAAAGAGUGCACUUCAGUUAUUCCUAUCCAGACCAAAUUCAAGAAUAGAUGCAUGUGUACAGGAGAAACAUAAGUUGAUGGUAGCACUGUUUCAAUAGCACCAUGAAGCAUUAGCAUAUAAUUGAUACUCAGGAAGAAAAUUGACAGAAGACAAGACUUUUAAAGUUAUAACUGAUGUACAUAAUAUAUUGCAAUAAAAAUUUAAUUUUU